UAUUUUUGAAAAAUUUAUUAUAUUUAUUAAUUUAUACCUUCAGUCUCCAAUUCCAUACUAAUCAAGCAUUUGCUUUCUCGUUGGUAAGCGAAUCCUGGAGAAGACCCAAAUAUUUAAAGAGAUGGGCUAAAAGCCCAAACUUAAACAGAUAAAACGCAGCGUCUAGGAGGCUGUUAAACCUCCAUGAAAAUGUAUUUUGUUUUUACUUAAAACCCUUGUUACACAUUUUCGUCUUCGUUCAGACACAGUAGCCCAUGUACAGCAGAUCAAAGGCAGUCUUGUCUUCUCUUCGAAACGCUUACUCUAAGAUCUCGACUCGGUCGUAUCAAACCCGACUUCAGGUGGAUUUUUAUUCAAACUCGUAUUCGUCUUUCGGUUCUCCGUGGCAAUUCCGCUCUUUUUCUUCGAAACCAGAGUCUAUGCUUCAGUUAGUUCUCGAAAACGAUUGGUCCAAAGAAGUAGUGGAAGGACUGAGAAAACCAGACACGCCUCUAACCCACGAGACUGCAAUCUACGUUCUUAGGAAACUAGCCAAGCACCCAGAUAAAGCUUACUCCUUUCUCGACUGGGUCAUCAGAGAAUCAGAUCUUACUCCAAGCUCUCCACUUUACAGCACGAUGCUGAGGAUGAUACUAGUGCAGCAGAGACCCAUGGAAAGGUUUCGGACGACUCUUAGGGAUAUGAAACAAGGAGGGUUUUGUCUGGACGAGGAAACGUACAAGACUAUCUAUACUUUGCUUAACAGAGAGAGCUACAAAGACGCUAAGGCUUUGGCUCGGUUCUAUAAUGAUAACGCAAUGUCUGUCGUUGCGGACAAUGUUUCCGCUUCUGUUUCGAAUCAGGAUUGGGGUUGUGAGGUUGAGAGGGCGCUUCAGGGUAUGAAACUCCCUCUGUCUGAUCAUAACUUCGUUAUCAGAGUGUUGGAGGGACUAAAGGAACAUCCUCUGAAAGCUUUGUCGUUUCUCCGUUGGGUCGGUGGUUGUCAGAAACACAGUACCGUUACUUAUAACGCAGCCUUGAGGGUUCUGGCAAGGCCUAGCUCGGUCGCAGAGUUUUGGAGUGUUGUCGAUGAGAUGAAGGAGGCAGGGCACGAGGUGGAUUUCGACACUUACAUAAAAGUAUCAAGACAGUUUCAGAUGUCUAGAAUGAUGAUGAUUGAGGCGGUGAAGCUUUACGAGUUUAUGACGGAUGGUCCGUUCAAGCCAUCCGUAGAAGAUUGUUGUCUUUUGUUGAAGUCUUUAUCAGCUGGUCCCAGUCCGGAUUUGGAUUUGGUGUAUCGGGUUUCGAGGAAGUAUGAAUCAACUGGGAAGCCUCUCUCGAAGGCUGUUUACGAUGGAAUCCACAGGUACUUAACCAGUGUAGGUAGGUUUGACGAAGCGGGAGAUACCAUGAAAGCUAUGAGAGAUGCUGCUGGUUGUGAGCCGGAUAACGUCACAUACAGCCAACUCGUGUUUGGUCUUUGUAAAGCUAAGAGAUUAGAGGAAGCGUGUGGUGUCCUGGAUCAGAUGGAAGCAGAUGGAUGUCUCCCCGAUGUAAGAACUUGGACUGUUCUGAUCCAAGGGUACUUCAAGAACAACGAGGUUGAUAAGUCUUUUGCGUGUUUUGAGAAUAUGCUGGAGAAAGGGUUGGUUAUCGACUCUGGACUGCUUGAUGUCAUGGUAGGUAUGUUUCUUAGCCAGAACAGGAUCGAGGAGGCGUGCAUAUUCCUAAAGGAGAAGGUGAAAAAUGCUAAUGUGAAGCCUUGGAGAACUACUUACAAGGGUGUUAUAGACAAGCUGCAUGAAAUCAACAAGGGUGAAGAGGCGUUAGAUCUUGUACAGAUGAUGAAGCAGCAAAAUUACAAUGCUCAUGCGAAAAAGCCUUUUGAUGGGACUGCUGUGAAUGUUGUUGCUAAGAUGGAAGUGCGAAGGUCAGAGAAUUAUUCUCCUUUAAUGUAUGAUCUCAUUCAUGCUUUCUGGGGACUUCCUGGUUUGAAGCAUUUUGUCCUCACCAUUGUGAAACAGACUCGAAAAGACGUCUCGGUGAUGUUUGAGGUAGAUACUCAAACCUCUCCCGAGUGAAAGAUUCGUUAACUGUUUCUUCUAGAUUUUAUGUCCAAUUCCUCUCUUCUUCUUCCUUCUGCACUGGCCACAGGCUUUGUUUAUGGGAUUGAAGGAUGUUGUGGAUUGUUCAUAACCAGUUUGCAUUUUUUCAAACAAUUCUCUUUCUUGUUUUUCUUUUCAUUCCCGAAAUAAAUUUACAAAUUUCACUUUGAGAAUGCAGUUCUGAGACUAAUUUCUUCACCUCACAUGUAUUAUUUUCUUAA